AUGUCACAGGGAAUGAACCUGCGGCUGGCGUUUGCCGUAGUGUCGUCCGCCUGCUGGUCGGCCUUCCAACAUGGCUACAGUACUGGUGUCCUCAACGCGCCACAGCUGGUGAUGUCAAGAUGGCUACAAUUCGACGCGUUAUCAGGCACCAAUCUGACCAUGGAGGCCACCGAAGAGCCAAAGGUGGCCACCAUCUGGUCUGUUGUCGUCUCUGUCUACUGCGUGGGGGGCAUGAUUGGGGGCAUGCUGACUGGUGUCAUUGCUGACAGAUUCGGUCGAAAAGGCGGGCUGCUGCUCAACAACGCGCUUGUAUUCGUCUCUGCCGCGUUUCAGGGGACCGCCAAGAAAGCUAAUUCUGCGGAACUCCUUAUCCUAGGACGAUUGGUCAUCGGCAUCAACAGCGGUCUGAACGCGGGCUUGGCUCCCAUGUACUUGGCCGAGAUAUCGCCAGUGUCGCUUCGAGGAUCGAUCGGCACAGUCUACCAGCUUGUCAUCACCAUCUCCAUCCUUCUCUCCCAAGGGCUGGGGUUACCCUCAGUCCUGGGCACGGAGGAAGGCUGGCCCUGGCUGCUGGCCGUCUGCGCUAUACCGGCCGUCAUACAGAGCGUCACGCUGCCACUGUGUCCCGAGUCGCCGAAGUAUUUGCUGCUGAAUAAGGGGAGGGAGCUGCAUGCGCAGGAAGCUCUGAAUUGGCUAAGGGGCGACGUAGCUGUCCACGGUGAAAUGGAAGAAAUGCACCAGGAGGCAGAAAAGAACAAAGUCAGCAAGAAGGUGACACUACGCGAACUCUUCGGCAACCGCCAGCUCCGUCAACCGCUGCUCAUCGCCAUGACAGUGAUGGUUGCCCAGCAGUUGUCUGGAAUAAACGCCGUCAUGUUCUACUCUACUGAUAUCUUCUCGCAGGCCAGCCUUAAGCCGCCGUAUUCGCAGUAUGCUACUUUAGGCACAGGAGCCAUGAACGUUCUGAUGACCUUAGUGAGUCUGGUGCUGGUGGAAAUAGCCGGCCGGAAGACGUUGCUGCUGGUCGGCUUCAGCGGCAUGUUCAUCAGCUCCAUCUUGUUACUAGCGGCAAUGUUGCACACCACGAUCGCAUGGAUGCCGUACGCAUGCAUCGGUCUGGUGAUUCUCUUCGUGGUAAUGUUUGCAGUGGGGCCUGGAUCCAUACCCUGGUUCCUUGUUACUGAACUAUUCAACCAGUCUUCGAGGCCGGCGGCGGCGUCAGUGGCGGUCACAGUCAACUGGGCGGCUAACUUCCUCGUCGGACUCACCUUCCUACCACUUCAACUGGUGAUAAAGGCGUACGUGUUCGUGAUCUUCGCCAUAUUCCAGCUGGUGUUCCUCGUUUUCAUCAGCAUGAAGGUUCCGGAGACGAAGAACAAGACGGUGGAGGAGGUCACCGCCAUGUUUAGACAGCAACUAUGACUUGACGCUUAUGCUCUAGUUGCCUAGGAUAGCGGUGCCGUCAUAUAGCGGCCGUCUCCAUACAAAUACUACGACAUCCAUAUUUAGCCGUAUUAUUUAGUAUGGGGACGGCCGCUAUAUGACGCUAUCCUUGGAAAACCGAUCUUUAAGGCCAAGCCAUCCUCCAGACUGAGCAUAGUAGCGCUACCCCCUCUGCCACAAAUACGGUAGUUUUACUGCAUUUUCGAGUCGAAAGUGUCUUUGUGUGACGUCCGUGUCUUUGAACGGACCAAUCACGGCACGGGACUCGCUCACCUCGUCCCCCGCAACCCCGUAUUUUUGGCAGCAUCGGUUUCAUGAAAUAAUUGCUUUAAACUCCGUCUAGAGGAUUCCUAGUCUAUGGGGCAACCCCUAGCGUCUUCCAGAAUAUUGCAGUAAUACCCCCUAUGGGGUCGUCCAGAAAUCAUGUGAUCAUAUUUGGCCUAUUUUUGACCCCCCCUCCGCCUUGGUGAUAUUGAUUUUAACGCAAACCCGGCCCCCUGCGACAAGAUCACGUGAUAAUUACGAUACCCUUAGACGCUAAGCAAUCAAGGCCAUGGCGCCGAUGCGAGCUUUUAUAUGUUUUCAAGUUGGUGCGAUGAAUGUUUUUAUUGGGUAAAUACGCAUAUAAAAUAGAGCGGAUUAUUUGAUUUAAUUUAAUUUUUGAGUAAUUUUGUUGUUUUUGGCAUUCCCGCUUUGAAAAAAAAUAUUACACGCGAUGUUUUCUCUGACCCCCCCACCCCCAUCGUGACCAUUCGUGAUAUUUUUCUUACCCCCACCCUCCCCCCCUCUAUCUAAACGAUCACACGAUUUCUGGACGACCCCUAUUGACAAAUACUUUGCACUGCUUGAUUCGUCGUUGUAGGGAUUUCUUUGUUUAUACCUAGCUAAUAAUAUUUAAAAAAAAACUCAUUUUUACUGUAUUCCUAAUGUUAUUUGUCCGUUUUCUAAUUGAAAUAGAUAUGAUUUUAUGACAUUGAUCGAAUUAAUGAAUGACUGAUUUGAAUGGCAGAUAUGAAUGAACAGAGUAACAUCACAGAAUAAAUAAUAGUACUAGGUACAGAAGACUCACUCUCUAACAAAACGCGUCUGUUACGAUCAGGACAGAUAUGGCCGCUAGGUGGCAACAGCGCCACGCGCGGCUUAUGGCUAGCCACCAAAAUUGGUGUGGAACGGAUGUACUUGUAGCUAUACCUGUUGCAAAGCGACGAAAUCGCGGAGUGAGCCACGCCUGGUAACAUGAAAGAGACGCUUUCCAGAUAGAUUGCUUUCAAACUCGCACAGUGACAUUGACAACCGGCAUUAUGUGCGAGACAGCAAUAUAAUUAAUGCGCGUGCAAAAGAGAUAGCAAUAGACGGGUCAAUGGACGAAAAUCUAUCUGGAAAGUGUCUCUGCUUUAGGUACCUAUCAAAUUUCGCAAAAAGUAGAUUUAUAACUUUGUUAAGAGAUUAUCUCCAUAAUUUAAGCCUGCGGUCGGCAACCUGCGGCCCGCGGGCCGCAUGCGGCUCGCGAAACUGUCACUUGCGGCCCGAGAGGCGCCUUGGCUAUUUUGUAUGUAAUAGUGACAAA